AUAGUAUUCCUAACUCUUCCCUUCUCUUAUUAAUACUAUUAGCACCAAACUAUAUUUCCCUUAAUCUUCUUUGUUGUCAUUCUACAUAUUAUAAAAUGAUUAUAACAAUACGCCUUAUUUUACUAUUAGUAUUUCUUUCACUCUCAACAAAUACUAGCCAAAUUGUAUAUGCAAAAGGAAACAACAACAAUAAUGUUAAGGAAGCUUGCAGUGUCACAAGGUACCAAAACCUUUGCAUCCACACACUAGCACAAUUCUCCAACACAGCAGGAAGAACCCCAAGCAAAUGGGCACGUGCGGGUGUGUCGGUAACGAUAAGCGAAGUUAAGAAUGUUCAAGCAUAUCUUACAAAAUUAAAGAAGAACGGGAAGAUGAAAGGAAGAAACAGAGUUGCACUUUCAGACUGUAUAGAAACUUUUGGCUAUGCAGUUGAUGAGCUUCAUAAGUCACUUGGUGUGCUUAGGAAAUUAAGCAAGAACACAUUUAGUACACAAAUGGGGGAUCUCAACACAUGGAUUAGUGCAGCUCUUACUAAUGAAGACACAUGCCUUGAUGGGUUUGAAGGGAAAACGGAGAAGAAAAUUAAAUUGCUGCAAAAUAAGGUUAAGAACGUGUCUUACAUAACAAGUAACGCACUUGCUCUUGUCAAUAAACUUGCAUCUACGGGUCUUGAAUUUAUAGGUAACUGAAAUAUAUAUUACUAUAAGUUAAGUUUAGAAAUAAGUUCUGUUGAAUCAUAAAAAAAUCAAUAAACUCUGAGGAGCUUAUUGAUACUAAAUAAGCUCUCAGGGUUUUUUAUGGAUACCAACUGCUAGUUCUUUUUGUACCAAAAAAAACUAGUGGUUUUAUUUCGGGUGUGUGUAUAUAUUGUUUCUUUUUAAAUCGUCCAAUCCAAAAAAUGUGUCUGAGGGUAGAAAUUAAUAAACAAAGUCUAGCAUAUGUCUGAAUAUUGUUUUUUUUUUUUGUUCAAUUAGAGUUGUGGAUUAGAAUUUGGAUGCUGCUUGCUCUCUAUAUGUAUGACGACAUGCAAUCUUAAAUGGUUUUGUUUAUGAUUGAUAAAAUAACGACUUCCGAAGAAGAAUUUGUAUUAUCAACUGAUAUGUUAA